AUGAGUCGCCCAGAAGUUCAGGAGGCGCUGCAGUGGUGCCUGGCCUUUGCGAACGCGGUCCUCAAUCCGCGAAGCGUAGACGUUCUCACUGCUUUCCAGACGACCAGGGCCCGCUUUACGCUGGAGGAUCUCAGGUCGCUGCGAAGCGACCGAAGCCGCGAGGAGUUUUCCAAGCAGCUCUACAGCCAGCCCUUCCGUUUCCUUGCAGAGGUGGGAUUGGGCUUCGAUUUGGCGAACUCGGCAGUGAGAAGGCAGUGCCCAGAGCAUUUCCAAGCUCAAGGCGAUGCCCACUUCCACAAGGCAGCCCCCGUCUUGCAAAGGCCCGUGGAUGUGGAGGUCGUGGCCAAGGAGUUGGAGCAGCCAGUGCAGUCCGUGAGAUCCGAUCUAAUCGACCGCUACGUCGGCUUGAAGGGAAGUAUUGUGAGGGCCGCCAGCAUCGCACCUCUCAUCACCGAUGUCAGCUUCACUUGCUCGAGGUGCAAUUCUGAGGUGCGGGUAUCCGCAGUGGAGGGCCGCUUCCAGUAUCCGUCCAGCUGCCCCAAGAAAUGCCGAUUUGCGCGCUUCAGCGCGAACCGGGACAAGUGCCAAGCCAUCGAUUGGCAGAGGAUACGCCUGCAGGAGGAUUUCUCCGAGCUCGUAGCUUCCGGCGCGCCUCAGCGGCGCAUGCCACGCACAUUGGACUGCGAUCUGAAGAGAAGCCUGGUGGGCUCCUGUGUGCCGGGCGACGCGGUGACUCUGUACGGCAUCAUCCGCUGCAUGCCCACCUCGGGGACCAUGUCGGCAGGCGACAGCCGCCAAGCGCCGUCCAAGUCGCUCUACGUCCUCUACCUCGAGGUCAAGGCCGUGGUGAACUCUCGCAGGGCUGAGGGUCUGAACCAAGUCGGCGGCACCGCGCAAGCCGGCGAAGAGGAUUUCACGGCCCUGCAGCUGUCCUUCAUUCGAGAGAUCUACAAGGAGAAGGAGAAGCUUCCCAUGCUGGUCGCCUCCUUCUGCCAGCAUAUCUACGGCCAGCCUUUGGUCAAGGCUGCCCUGCUUCUUUCCCUUCUUGGCGGACGUCCUCUCCGGGCCGAGGGCGCGGAGCGGCGGCUUCGGCGCCGGGGUGACAUCCACGUCCUGCUGCUGGGCGACCCGGGCCUUGGGAAGAGCGAGCUUCUGCGGGCCCUGGCGAGGCUCAGUUCUCGGGGCGUCUACGUCUCAGGCAACUCCUCCUCCACGGCCGGGCUCACCGCCUCGGUCGUCCGGGACCCCUCGGGCGAGUUCGCGCUGGAGGCAGGCGCCCUAAUCCUGGCGGACAACGGCCUAUGCUGCAUCGACGAGUUCGACAAGAUGGGCCAGGACCAGCACUCCCUCCUGGAGGCUAUGGAGCAGCAGACCGUGUCCAUCGCCAAAGCGGGGAUCGUUUGCACACUGCCCGCACGGACGACGGUCGUCACCGCCGCGAAUCCCAGCAAAGGCUCCUGGGACAUGAGCCUGACAUUGGCUCAGAAUCUGAAGGGCGUGAUGUCCGAGGCGCUCCUCAGCCGAUUCGACGUGAUCUUUCUCAUGCGCACCGCGGAGGAUCCCGGGCAAGACACAGCCAUGUCCCGGCACAUUGUGCAGCAGCGCAUGCACGGAACGCCGCGGCCGGCGUCGAGCCCCACGGAAGACUGGUCCAACAGCGUGGAUGCCGAGACAAACCGAAGCAGCCUGAAGGUGCGGCUGAGCCGUCCUGGAGUAGAGGCGCUGCCCGUGGAGCUGCUGCAGACCUACUUGCGCUACGCCAAGAAGUUCGCGCAGCCUACCCUGAGUCGAGCCGCCCGCCGGCGCAUCAAGGACUACUACAUGCAGCGCCGGGCCGCGGGCGGAGCCGUGCUGGUGACCCCACGGCUCCUUGAGGCCCUGAUCCGGCUUAGCGAGGCACGGGCCAAGGCCGAGCUCCGGCGGUGGGUGCUGGAAUCGGACGUGGAGGAUGUUAUCGAGCUUCUCAGCUCUGGCUCAGACUUCCAGGAGGAGUUUCUUCAAGCGCCCAUUCGCAAAGGGAAGUCGAAGCCCAACGCCAUCGUCGAUCGUGUUCUACAAUUCCUGGACAGGCGUGCCCGCGCUGGCGGAAGCCGCGAGUUCCAGGAGGCCGAGCUUCGUGCGGCCGCCGGGCCGGGCGCGGAGGGGCGCGAUUGGGACAAAGCGCUGCAGCUGCUGAACGACCCUGGAACGCUCACGCUCUCUGCUGGGGGCCGCUACAUUUUCAACCCCAGCAUGCGCUGA